ACCUAAUGAAGACUGCUCUUUGUUGAGUUGGACUUGGUUUUAGGUGUCAGCGGACCUUCUGAGGUGCGCCCAGUCCGGCUUAUGUUAGGCACUGAAUAAGAAGAGGAUUAAACAGUGAUUUGCCUGUUUUUUCUUUGGAAGCACAGCUGCCUCAUAUGGGUGAAAUGUGUCCGUUUGCGUGAUAAACGUAGAGCACAUCAGCGCCUUUACGCACAUUGAUCCCCGCUCACCUGUUGAUGCCUGACUCCCACCGAGCGCUUUAACUUCGCUGAUGGAAGAUGUGAACUGAUCGGCCCCGGAGCAGCUCCCCGAUGCGUCCUCAGCACUGAACCCGGCUCUGCUUCUCCGUUAUGCGGUAGGAUGAGCGCGGAUCUAGAGCGCGCUUCCCCCAACGCAUCGGUGAACUCCAGCGGCUUAGGGGGCCGUGCGCUCUCGGCAAAUGUGCGGAGGCUCCAUAACAGCCUCAACCUGCUGCUCAGUGACCUGGAGAGAGAGCAGUUCAUCCACUGUCUAAAUGUUUACCACGCCAAACGCAACGUCUUCGACUUGGUCCAAACUCUGAAGGUGAUUCUGAACUCGCCCGGGAAGCGGCAGCUGCUGCCCAUGCUGCGCCUGGUCAUCCCGAGGUCCGACCAGCUCCUCUUUGACCAGUACACCUCCGAGGGGCUCUACCUGAACACAGACCUCCUUCCCAGUAACGGCAGCGCGGAAAGCUUUGGGGACGAAGGCGACUUGACUCUGCAAGCCUAUGUGAGCUCACUCUGCAAGCUCACGGCGGGCUGUCCGGAACCCACGGCGUCCAUGGCCCCGCUGUUCUCUGAGGGCCUCUUUGGAGAGGUGCGCCAAGUUACCCUGACGCGCUCCAGGAGCCACGAGGGUCUGGGCUUCAGCAUCCGCGGGGGGGCGGAGCACGGCGUGGGGAUCUACGUGUCCCUGGUGGAGCCGGGCUCCUCGGCCGAGAGAGAAGGACUGAGGGUUGGAGACCAGAUAGUAGCAGCCAACGACUCUGUGUUUGACGCCGUCACUCACACGGAGGCGGUGAAGGUGCUGAAGGGAUGCAAGAAGUUGACCAUGUCAGUGUGUUCAAUGGGGGGCAUCCCAGGAGGGUACAUGACCAACCAAGUGUACAGCUGGGUGGACCCUCAGGGCCGGAGUGUGUCUCCACCACCUGAUAGCCUGGAGGCCCACCCAAGGCAAGGACACGGCAUGGAGGACAGGACGGUGCUGAAGGGAUGCAAGAAGUUGACCAUGUCAGUGUGUUCAAUGGGGGGCAUCCCAGGAGGGUACAUGACCAACCAAGUGUACAGCUGGGUGGACCCUCAGGGCCGGAGUGUGUCUCCACCACCUGAUAGCCUGGAGGCCCACCCAAGGCAAGGACACGGCAUGGAGGACAGGACGGUCAACCUUAACAUGGACGAUGGUCGUUCUCUGGGUCUGAUGAUACGAGGAGGGGCUGAGUACGGACUGGGAAUCUACAUCACAGGAGUGGACCCUGGAUCUGCUGCACAUGCUGGUGAACUAAAGGUGGGAGACCAAAUCCUGGAGGUAAACGGUCAGAGCUUUGUCACCAUCUCCCAUGAUGAGGCAGUGAACAUCCUCAAGUCGGGGCACCAGCUGCUGCUGAAAGUGCGGGAUGUGGGCCGUCUGCCUCAUGCACGCGUCGUUGUAGACGGGAGCAGAUGGAGCUGCGGUCAGAUCAUAGCUGAGACCAAUGCAACAGCUGCCAUAAACUCUGCCUCAAAUCCCAGCAUUGGUGCUGGGGUUCAUUCAGGCAAUGCUGCCAGUGGCCACACUACAAGACCCUCUUCUGCCAGAGCUACACCUGUAUUUGGGAAGCCUGCAGGGUACAGAGGGGUUAGCCCACCUGGUGCUCAGGUGUCUCUGGAGCAACAGGCCUACAUGCUAUUGACAGAACAAGAGAGGCAGACCAUGACCUACUAUCUGCUGGAGUAUCAGCAAGGACACAUUCAUGUGGAACCACUGACCAUGGCUCUGUUUGAGCUCUUUAACACCCAUGCAAAGCUGUCCAUGCUGUCUGAAGUCAGGAGUUUAGUAGCUCCUCAGGAUCUGGAGGUGUACGACAACCUAGUGUUGCACCGUCAAAGAGAGGCUCAUCAAGCCUGGCAAGGAGGCCACAGAGUGCUACAUCCACCAGGCCACUGUGACCAUGCAGGUCCUACCCUACAUGAUGCAGGACAAACCAACCGUCCGGCGAGUCUGAAUAAAAGCGGACGCCUUCUUUUCACAUUUCCACAUGCCACUCAUCCAUGUUCUUUCUUUCAGGCUGAGGCUUCCAGCAGCAGCUGGGUGGAGAAAAACCAAGAGAAGAACACAAACGCCUUCCGAAACAUUUCCCUGGAUGAAAUGAAGUCUUCUCCUCCAUCCUUCAGAGCUGCACCUAUCCGGGCCCAGAGCAUUGUAACCAGGGAGAAAGACCUCAGCCAGAAGCCUUCCGCCCGGCUGCUGCAGCCCAGUUCCAGCGUCCCCCUUCCCGGCUCCACUCGCCCGUUUCAAGAAAGCCUUCAUAAGUCACUUAAAUCCCUCCCCACCUGCCAGCAGCCCCUGUCAGCAUCUGCCCAGCAUACCUGUGCUGCUACCAAACAUCACACAUCUCUCAACGCACUCCAUCAUACCUGCCUAAGCAACCCUCACCUCUCUGACUCUGAGCAAUACACCCAUCCACACUUUGCUCAGCAUGCUGUCCACUACAACCGACCCAGUUCAGGACACCACACCUGUCCAGGCUUCCUGCACCAUCGGGACUCCGCCAUAUCUGUCAAUCCAGAGGUGGCAGUCAAACUCUCUUCUAGAUCAAGCUCCUAUGAAAAGUCUUCUGUUUUUUCAAGGUCUGCCUCCUCUUCUAAAGCAGCGUCUCCAUUGCCAUCACCUCAUCCUUCCCCACAUCCUUCGCCGUGUCCCUCCCCGUGUCCCUCUCAUAUGAUAGCCGCUGCGCUAUCCUGUAGUCCAGACCGGCCCUGCUCUCCUGCUCUCACACACAAGAUCAUCGUAACAGACAUGGACCGACUUUCUGCAGACUGCAGGCAACAGCAGAGAGGUGCAACCCUGUCUCAGCUGUCCGACAGUGGUCAGACUCUGAGUGAGGACAGCGGUGUGGACAUAGCAGAGGCUGGAGGCCUCAGUAAGGAUGGCAGCCCGAGACCAAGCAAGAAUAAGCAGGGAAAUCUGGAACAGCAAGGGGCCCACGCACCUUCCACAAGACAACAGACAAGCUCCCCCAUUUCAGCACUCAACACUGUGCUGGUGCGAGUGGUGAAAAAUGCCAACACCUUGGGCAUUGCUAUAGAGGGAGGAGCAAAUACACGUCAACCUCUGCCUCGUAUUGUGACCAUCCAGAAAGGAGGCUCAGCUCAUAACUGCGGGCAGCUGAAGGUGGGUCAGGUCAUCCUGGAAGUCAACGGAGUUUCCCUCAGAGGACGGGAGCACAAAGAUGCCGCUCGUAUCAUCGCUGAGGCCUUCAAGACCAAAGACAAGGAUCACAUUGACUUCCUGGUGGCCGAGGCUGGCUUCUAGUGAAAAGACAGUCAUCAUUGAAAGCUCUCAAUGGACGCCCUCCAAUAAAUGUCUUUUUUUUAUAUCAGGGUUAUAGAUUUGCACAAGCUAAAUAAACAAAACAAUAUUAGAUUAACUUAAAUAUUAUUACUUUAGUUUUAUAACAGGAAAUGAUGUAACUCUGUAUUGUCUGUUCACCAGUAGCGCAGUUCGAGGGAAACUAUAUGUCUGAAAAGAACUUGCAGUCUGCAGCAAAUGAUUCACACCAUGCUCACCCACUUGUUUUAUUUUUUACUUUGAUGUUUGACAAACAAGGCAAAUAUAACUAAAGGAGGACACAGAAAAAGAAAAACCCAGAAAAAGAUUUAAGCUCCUAAUUUGGUGCUGGAAGACAUUUCAUACAUCAUUGAUUUGAUAUAGAUUUUAGUCAAUUAGAAAAUAUUUGACAACUCUAAAUCAACAAACGUCUGCAAAUGAGAAGCUCUUGUUGACUCUGUUGAAAGAGUCUUCAGACCCCCUCAGGGUGGUUAUGUUUCACUUCAUGCUGUUUUAUAAAUGUCAGACAGAAAUCUGAGGAGCGUUAUUUAGCUCCAACUGUAAUAAACACAGACUGAGAACAUCAGGAAGGAUAAAGCUUCAGUGAACAGACAAAUUAUCAUCGUUGCAGGCUGUCGGACCCUAUAAUCACAAAUAUUAAGACACUUUUACUGAUACCAAUGAGCUGAAAUUGAUAACAUCUAUUGUAUUUUAGUAAACCUUCAAUAGUGUAGGAAACUAUUUGGUCCCUUUAAAAUGUCCUUUUUUGUGGCAAUUGAAUUUUUUAGAUCUUCAUAUAAAUUUUGUAUAUCAGACAUCUAUCCUGUAGAAACACCAAAGCUAUGAUAAUUUCCACUGUUGAGAAAUAAGCCUUCUGACCCGACGGGGACAAAGCAUAUGUCCCCCGAAUGUAGGAAUGCGACAAUUGGAAGCACCACCCGCCAUCAGACAUUAGCACUGCUAGUAAAGACCUUACUUUGCAAACCAAUCUUUACCCCACUGCACAGAGCUGUUUUCAUUCAGAAACAUGAUUGUUCUGAACCAGGAACCGAUUUAUGGUCAUUACACAACAUGGGUCAGUUUCUCUAAGUUCUGUCCCAGGAGUCGGAUGGUACAUAACCUCCAAAUAAAUUUAACUUGUGCUCCGUCAGUCUACAGAAUAUCUCCCCUAAAGACUUGGAUGUCAGGCUCAGAACUGAAGGAUCCAGUAUUCAAGUCAGUCAAAGAGAUUUC